AUGUCGCGGAACAUUCCGAUUGUCGACACCGGUGUUGAAACAGAUUGCUUGAUUGUCGGAGCUGGCCCUGCUGGCGCCUCGCUGGCAUGUUUCCUGAUCAAUUAUGGACUGAGGGUGAUGGUCAUCUCGGACGCGCCGGGAACGACGGCGACUCCCAGAGCCCAUCUGAUCAACAUGGCAGGCCUGGAGUGCAUGCGCGAUCUUGGCCUCGAAGAGGAAUGUCUACGCCUUGGAAACCGAGGAGACGCCCUCGAUUCGAUCCGCUGGUGCUAUUCCAUCACGGGGGUGGAGUAUGGACGAAUUCACGCCUGGGGUGCUGGACCGGCAAAGAUGGGCGAGGUGGCAGAUGUUAGUCCCUGUGCGUCGCUGGAUCUCCCACAGACCUACCUGGAGCCGAUACUGGUCCGCUAUGCAACCACUCAUGGCGUCAAAUGCCUCUUCAACACGUGUUUCGCAGAGGUUGACCAAGAUGCCCGAGGAUGCGUGACCACCGCUGUGAACAAAGUCCUCGGCCAGAAAUUCAAGAUCCGCUCCCGCUAUGUUUUUGGUUGCGAUGGAGCAAGGAGUCCCGUGGCCGCUCAGAUCGGGCUCUCAUAUAACGUCCAGCCGUCUGGAGGUGUCGCAUACAACAUCCUGUUUAACGCUGAUCUGAGCGACAUCAUGAAACAUCAGACGGGACACCUGCAUUGGAUAAUGCAGCCAGACACGGAACUCGAGCACGGAAUUGCCCCUGUGUUGCGGAUGGUCAAGCCGUGGCAUCAAUGGAUCCUGGUGGUCUUUCCCAAGCCAGGAGUGGACAUCAAAGCCUUUGGCUCCUCUCAAGAAGCUACUAACCAGGUCAACGAUCUGAUCAAGGCCGUGAUAGGCGACGACAAAAUCCCCUUUGAGGUGGUGGACAUAUCUAGUUGGAGAAUCAACGAGACAGCUGCCGAGUCCUAUUCCAAGCAGAAUGUGUUCUGCCUUGGCGAUGCAGUCCACCGACAUCCUCCUAUUUUUGGUCUUGGGAGCAACACCUGUAUACAGGACGCCUACAACUUGGCUUGGAAAGCGGCGCUGGUGUUGCAGGGGAAGGCGUCCCCAGCCUUGCUGGACACGUACAACGUGGAGCGGCAACCCGUGGGCCAAGAUCUGGUCAAGUGGUCCAACGAGCUCCUCCGCAACCACGCGACUGUGUGGGGAGCGAUCGGGAUGUUUGGGGAGACGAAGGAGGAGCGAAUCAAGGCCAACCAGGAACUGUCGGAGGCUUCAGAGGCCGGCAAGGUCCGGCGACAGCAACUCUUUGAUGCUCUCGAACGACACCGCGGCGAAGGCGACAGCGUGGGCAUGAUGAUGAACCAGUGGUACACAUCCAGCGCCGUCUAUAUUGCGGACGAGGAGGGUCCUCAAGCCCCCUUCGCCGGCGACUACCUCACCCAGGCCCGCGUCAGUACCUACCCAGGAAACCGGCUUCCGCACGCAUGGCUCAGCAAGGACGUGCCCAGCAAGGAGAUUUCCACCCUCGACCUGGCCGGGAAGAGUGCCUUUGCGCUGUUUACCGGGCACGGCGGGGGCGCGUGGAAAGCCGCAGCCCAGGCCGUGGGAGACAAGCUGGGGAUCCCCGUCAACGCGUUCGCCAUCGGCUUUGGCCUCGACUACGCUGACAAAUACCGCGACUGGACCAAGAGGAGGGAGGUCGAGGAGGACGGGUGCGUGCUCGUGCGACCUGACCGGUACGUUGCGUGGCGGGCCAAGCGGGGGUUGUCGACGACGACGGCGGCGGCGGCGGUGGCCACAUCGUGCGAAGAAAAGCUCGAGCAAGUCUUGAGAUCGAUCUUGUCGCUCUAA